UCCGAACCGGCUUAGAAUCCGGUUCCUGGUCGGACCGGCCGAUCCGGCUAUUACCCUUCGGGGAGAAGCCGAGAACACGAAUACCUCCGUCUUCUCUUCUCUCGCGGUUUCCCCUCUCCCACCCUCCUCUUCCACACCGACCUUCAACCCCAGAAACUCCCUAAACCUCAACCGCCUAGGCUCUUACUUUACAGCGUCGGAGAGCGCAGACGUCAGCUGCCGCCGAAUAAGUAUCACUUCCUGCCGUCAGUUCAGCCCCAAUUCUUGGGUGAAUAGCUUUUUAGGAUUCAAAAUGGUGGGUCCAUCUUCUGCACAAACUUCCCUUAAAGAUUACCUAAAAAAAUACACAAGUAAUGAUGAUGAGGAGAAGAAAAAGAAGAAGAAAAAGAGAAAAUCUAAACCUGAUGCUGGUGGAAUUCUUGUGGUGGAUGAAGAUCCAAUUUGGCAGAAGCCGGUCAAACUCGACGAAGAAGAACAAGAUUCAGCAGAUGAAGAAAAGCCUCAAGUUGAUGAAGAUAUUGAAGUCAAGCGUAUGAGAAGACUGGAGCAACUGAGGACUAGACGCCCUUUUGGUGCAAUUUCUGAGGAUGGAAGUGGCUGGGUUUCGGUGUCUGAUUCUUCUAAUAAUGUGAAGCCCGAAGACCAAAAUUCUGAUAUUUCUCCACCUCGCAAGAGGAGGCUACGGAAUGAUACUCCAUCGCCAAGACCUGAACAACAAUCUGAUGUUCCAGCAGAUGCUGAUUUGUCUCCACCGCGGCAGUGCCGCAAUCAUUACUGGAGUCCUCCUCCAAAUGAAACAAGAACAUCCCCGUUUCGUGGUGGUCGGAGUGCUCGGUUUGAUACACCUUCACCUGAACCUUAUGUGGAAGCUCCAGCAUCUGAUAGAGUCACAGAUUUGUCCCCACCUCGGCGGCAUCAAAGAGAUAAGGAUGACUCACCUGAACCUGAUAGAAUAUCUUCACAUUCUAAGGCCAUGGUGUCAGAUAUUUCUCCUCCUCGACGUGGUCGUCAUGACUCUAGAUAUCAGAAUGACACACGUGCCUCUUCGAAAGCGGAUCUUUCGCCUCCUAGGAAGGUCAAGAAUGAUAGAUCAGGUUCCAUUGUCUCCACAAGGAAGUCAAUUCAUGACUUGGAUGACUAUGACACAAACCCCGGUCCUUCAGUUUCUGACCUCUCUCCUCCGAGGAAGAGGCGGAAAGAAUCACCAGUUUUGGUACAUCGGCCGAAAACUGGAUUAGUUUCUGCUGCAGAUAUCAAAGAUGAUAAUGAUAAAAAGAAAAAAGAAGACUGGUUGAGGGGAACGUAUGUCAAAGGAGGAGUUUCUGAAGUCUCAGAAGAAAGAAUUGAAGAAAGAAGAGAAGCCCAAGGAAAUAAAGCUGGAAUGGGGAAAAGGGCUAGCUCAAAAGCGGGAAGCUGAAGCUAGAUUGCAAGAGAUAGAAAAGGAGAAGGAUAAACCAUUUGCUCGUGGCAGGGAUGACCCUGAUCUUGAUGCUAUGCUGAAGGAAAGACUUCGAUGGGGUGAUCCCAUGGCACACUUAGUCAAGAAAAAGCAUUUGGAGCCAGUUCUUCCAGACCUAGGCGAUAAUGAGAAGAUGAAAGAGUCCGGCUUCAUAAUUCCCCAGGAGAUCCCAAGUCACAGCUGGAUAAGACGGGGACUGGAUGCGGCACCAAACCGCUAUGGGAUCAAACCAGGCAGACACUGGGAUGGUGUAGACCGCAGUAAUGGAUACGAGAAGGAAUUGUUUAAACGGAUGAACGAAAAAAGAGCUACAGAGAGAGAAGCAUAUCUGUGGUCUGUUUCUGACAUGUGACUUUAUCAAGCAAUUCGGAUACUCUGAGGAACAGAUGGUAGAUGCUCGAUGUUUUUCCACAUGAAAUGUCAGUGGGGGAGCCGAAGCCUGCAAAUGAAGAAACAUUAUCGGUUAACGUUCAUGGUCGAGUUUUUCACAUUACAGGCCUAUGGCAUUGCUUUUCUUUUACCUCUAUAGCUCUGCUUCCAGAUUGAGUUGGCCAUGUUCCUUCGGUGCUAUAUUCUACAGCUUACCAACAAUUUUGAACUCCUAUAUACACAUGUAUCCAAUGAUUUAGCGCCCGAAAUGGACAAACUUAUGGGUGGCUUCGACCAUUUUAGUGUAGGCCUGGAAAAUAAUAUGUUGGCAGUUUUUAUAGUCUUUUCUUGUUUCGCACUUUUUACAACGAAGAAGAGGGCUUUAUUAAGACCUCAUUUCGAUGAUUCUGAAUUCGUAAAGAAAAAAGAUUGAACCAAGAUUUGGAAUGAAAA